ACCCAGCGCACCUCGCUCUAACACGGCUACAAGUAGGAACAGGAAGCUUUGGAAACGGGGAAAAAAGUCCCCGAGAAGGAAGAAAAACUUGAGAUUACGUUUAAAAAAAAAUGAGCAGAAUCUAUCACAACACGUCUUUACAGAACAAGCCGGUGCACAAUGAGAGCUUCGGCGGCGCCUGGCGACCCUCUGCCUAUGAAAGCGGUCCCGGGGUUCUUCUGGAGGGGACGCUGAUGGACGUUUCCAGGCAUUCAGUCAGUGACGUCAGCGGACAAAAGGUACGUUUCUACGUGCUGUACGUCAAACCCGGACGCAUCCAUCAGAGGAAAUUCGAAGCCAGUGGGAAUGAGGUGGAGCCGAACUUCAGCGACACCAGAAAGGUCAACACAGGCUUCCUUAUGUCCUCCUACAAGGUGGAAGCCAAAGGAGAAUCCGACCGUCUGACGGAGGAUCAGCUGUCGCAGAUGAUCAACAAAACUGAGCUGGUCAAAAUCACAGACCGGCUCCGACCUGCUGGGAGCUGGGCCUUUUGGUACCCAGAGUCAGAGAUGGACAAAACUGAGUUGGAAACGGGACAGGAAGUCCGACUGAAGACCAGAGGAAACAGUCCUUUUAUCUACUCUUUAGCCAAAGUGGACAGCGGGACGGUGACCAAAUGCAACUUUGCUGGAGAUGAAAAGGCCGGCGCCUCGUGGACCGACAAGAUAAUGGCCAACAAAACAGACGGCGGCAGCUCUCAGAGGCCCGGAGCAGCAGGGGAGGGAGCCGAGGAAGACGAAUGGGACGAUUGAAGACCAGGUUCCUGCUCCAUCCUGGGUUCUGAUCAAGUCUUCAGGGUUGAAUGGUUUUCAUCCUGCAUCGACUCUGAAGAUUGCAACUGCAGUGCUCUUUUUAAAAAAAAGUAUUUUUUUUGUUUUAUCUUUUGAAUUAAAUGGCCUCAUUUAUAAAAAAAAAUAAUAAUAAUUGACGACCACACACAACCUGAGUAGCGUCAUUAGUCACUGUUGCAAAGUUAUUUUCUUGAUCACAUUUUUUUUUGGUUCUUUCACAGAACGGAGCUCUCCGAGUUCUUGUUGUUUUCACCCCGCUUGUCUGAAAAUUAAGCUCAGGCGCAUAAGAUAAGAUUUCUUUCCCAAAUUUAUUCCAUAUUAGGGAAAAGUUCAAAGUCUCUUUCCAAGCAGCCAGAUUUUCUCAAAAUCUUGAAGGCCAUUCAAAGCCCUUCAUCACAAACAGCCCCGUUUAAAUUCUUUAUGGUUUCUUUUUAAGUUGAUUGUUUCUGAAUAUGGAUGGAACAUUUUCAGGAACAUUUGACUGCUUUGUUCCUAAUUUUCCCCAAAGUAUUUGAACUGCGACUGCAUAUCACAAUUAAAAAAAUAAAAUAAAAUAGCUUGGUUGAGAAGUUGAGAAACAACAAAUCCUAAAAUAAGAAUCUACAAAAAAAAAAGGAAAGUUGCACUUUUCCAACUGGCACAGGACGUCUCUUUCAUGUUCAGAGUUGCUCUCUCAAUCUUUUGAACAGUUUAUUGUCCCAGUAGCAGAUGCUGGAUUGAAAAGUCCUGACAUGUUGACAGCUUGGGAUUUUGCUGAUUUAACUCUGCUUUAAAUCUCUCCAUGACCUUCUUGUUCACUUUUGUUUUUCUGACAAAGCCAGCAGGAAGCCAUUUUGUUCUACUGUUUUUAUUUGGAGGCGUUGGAGUAAAACACAAACAUUCAAAACACUUCUUAAGAUUUGUACAUGUGCAAAAGUACAGCAUGUGUCACGUUUCCUUGUACUUUGUUUUCAUCUCUUAAGCAUAAUACCAAUAAAGUACGAUUGCGGGUCA